AAUGCAAAUCUCUGGCAAGAGCAGAUACUUUCACACCAAGCUCGGAUUUAAGAGUGAAGAGCAGUUACCAGUUUAUAUCCUGGCAGCCAUCUUGCGUGAAAAUGAGUGUGUUGAUAGAAUGAGCGGAUUUGUAAAUUAUCCAAUAAAAAUGGCAGAUAAUCGACUAGUUUUUAAUCAGAGUGUCGAUCAGCAGCCAACAUUGGUUCGUGUCAUACAAGCUCCGAUACGAACCCAACCCACACAGCAAAUCCAAAAUAUUACGGUGUUAAAGCAGCCUCAAGCAACUCCUGUUUACCAACCAAGAAUGGUCCAAGUUCAAGGAUUGCGAACUGGAUCUCCAACAAUCAUUCACAAUGCUUCACAUCCCGUUCUGACUCUAUCUGCUCAGGCAUCACCUACAUCAAAUGUUUAUGUGGUUCGGAAUACAACAAAUUCGCCUAAACCGGUAACGAUUAGUCAUGUACAAUCGGCACCGAGCUUGCUUACUAGUCAACAAGCUGUUCAGGCUACAGACAAAAAGCCUAUGAUAAUUCAAGUUAUGCCAAAGUCCACCGAGGAGGUUGUCGAAGAAGACGAAGGAGAAAUCCUUCAUCAAGCCGAAACCUACUCAAUUUACAAACCGGCAAAAAUUCGGCGAGGAGUUUCUCAUCCUGAUGUUGUCGUUGAAUCUGCUUCUUUAGCCAGUGUACUGCCACCUGAUCCAGAUUUUCAAAUGAAAUUGCCUUUGGAAAUAACAGAUGAGGGUCAUUUAUCAGCGAUUCAGUACGAGACUGUUCUCUAUGCUUGCCAAAGACACGAACAAUUGCUACCUGAUGGAAAUCGAGCAGGAUUCCUUGUUGGAGAUGGUGCCGGUGUAGGAAAAGGAAGAACAAUUGCCGGGAUAAUAUAUGAAAAUUAUUUGAGAAAGAGGAAAAGGGUACUCUGGUUGAGCGUUUCAAAUGAUUUAAAACUAGAUGCCGAAAGGGAUCUAAGGGAUGUUGGUGCUGGACAUAUUCCUGUGUAUAGCUUAAAUAAAUUAAAGUACAAGAAAAUUUCAUCGUCCGAGAAUGGAAGUAUUAAGAAAGGUGUUAUUUUUGCAACAUACACCUCACUCGUUAGCAAAAGUAGUAGUGGGGCCCAAGAAGGACGAUACAAUUCAAGAUACAAGCAACUACUGCAUUGGUUAAAAGACAAGGAAGGUUUGAUAGUCUUCGAUGAGUGUCAUCGAGCAAAAAAUCUUCGACCAGCGGGCACUGGAAAGUCGACAAAGACUGGUCAGGCCGUACAAGGUCUACAGACAUAUCUCAAUGAUGCUCGUAUAGUAUACGCUUCUGCUACUGGAGCAACAGAGCCAGCACACAUGGCGUAUAUGGUUCGAUUAGGCUUAUGGGGUGAAGGAACUCCUUUUCUUGAAUUUUCAGAAUUUAUAUCAACUGUGAAUGCUCGUGGAGUAGCCGCCAUGGAAUUAGUUGCCAUGGAUAUGAAAUUGAGAGGUCUAUACAUUGCUAGGCAAUUAAGUUUCCAUGGAGUAACCUUCCAUGUUCAAGAUGUAACACCUCCUGAGAAAUUUUUAGAAGUAUACGAUAAAGCCUGUAUCCUAUGGCAUAAAGUUAUUAGGUAUUUUCAAACGGCUUUGUCAAAGUUACCCAAUAUUUCCAAGAAUGUUAUGUCACAAGUUUGGUCGGCCCAACAGCGUUUCUUUCGCAGUCUUUGCAUAUCGGCUAAACUUGGUAGAUGUGCUGAAAUGGUGGAAGUUGCUCUGAGAUCCGGAAAAUGCGUUGUUAUUGGUCUUCAAUCAACUGGUGAAUCACAGUUGAGAGAUGAAUUAGAAGACGGAGGAAACAUUGAUCAGGAUCAAUUGUCUUCAGCCACAAAGCAUAUCUUAGAUUCAUUAGUUAGGAAACAUUUCCCUACAGGCGGUGGAUUUCCCUCUUUUAUUCGAGAUAAUUCACCAUCACCUAGUCCGUCUCCACCUCCACCCAAACGAAAAAAAUACGAAAGUGAGGAGUCUUCUUCGGAUUCCGAAGAUUCUGGAUCUAGUUCGGAUGAAAAUCCGUUUUUGGCAAGUGAUGAUGAAGAUCCUUGGUUAAGAGAAAAGAAAUCAAGGAAGAAGAAGAAGCCUCCAAAAGUUUCUUCUUUGACAAAUGGUGAUUUAGAUGAAGACGAGGAGACAAAAACUAACCGCAUUGUCGAAUCAAUUAUUUGCUCUGAUAAAUUAAAAGAAUUCUCUGAUGGGAAUACCACCGAUGAAGAUCUUAAAUUAAAGAAAAUGAAAAUUGAAUUACUACAAGAAAUUGAAGAUUUGGGUAAAAUAUUACCGGGAAACCCUUUAGAUGAUUUAAUCGAUCGUUUAGGUGGACCAGAUAGGGUAGCUGAAAUGACAGGUCGAAAAAUGCGCAUGGUAUGUAACGACAUGGGAAAAUAUGAUAUUGAACAAAGACGAUGCGACAAUCAGCCUAUUGAGAUGACAAAUAUCAUGGAAAAAGGGGCAUUUAUGGAUGCUGAUAAAAAGAUUGCGAUAAUUUCUGAUGCUGCCAGUUCGGGAAUAUCCUUACACGCCGAUAGAAGAGCUAUCAACCAAAGUAAAAGGGUUCAUAUAACGCUUGAAUUGCCCUGGUCAGCCGAUAGAGCUAUUCAGCAGUUUGGUCGAACACAUCGAUCAAAUCAAGUGUCUGCUCCCGAAUAUCACUUUUUGAUUUCGACAUUUGGUGGUGAAAGGCGUUUUGCCGCAACUGUUGCUAAGAGGUUAGAGAGUUUAGGUGCUUUAACACAUGGAGACCGUCGUGCCACUGAGACAAGAGACCUCAGUCAGUUUAACAUCGAUACAAAAUAUGGAAGAGUUGCAUUAGAAAGAAUGCUUAAAGGCCUUACUAAUUGCGGCCCUCUUCUCCCACCACCCCCAGAGGCUGGUCAGGAUUUUGUAAGCAGGGCUCAAAAGGCAUUAAAGGCUGUUAACAUUUUAGAAAGUUACAAUGACGUUUAUAACAUCGAGAGAGAUUCACUAACAAUUGGAAAGUUUUUGAAUCGUAUUUUAUGUAUACCAACUCGCUUGCAAAAUGCUAUCUUCAAGUAUUUUACAGAUUAUUUGAACACAGCCAUCAAAGAAGCAAAAAAGUUUGGUAGUUUUGAUGAAGGCAUAUUAGAUUUGACUUCUGGAGCUGAGUUAGCUAAGGAGAUAAAUAUUAACACAUUUGAAAGCAGUAUGGGGGGUUCCAGUAAAACUCAAUUGGCUUUAUAUCAAUUAGCAAUAGAUAGGGGUAUGUCUUAUGCCGAUGCUUUACAUCAGUGGAGACAACACGACGGAGAAAGCGAUGGAUUUUAUAGAGCUAAGACAGGCUCAACCAGGCUGAUUCAAUUGGCGAUUAAAUAUUCUAAACCCCAAGCUGCUGGGUAUUUUCGAUACAAGAAAAGUAACAAGCAAGAUGAACAAUUGUACAAAGUUUAUACACCUCAUACCGGUAGACAACCUCGAUUAACCACCUUUGACAAACUUCAAAAGAAAUUCGAAAAGAUUGACACGGGAGAAGCAGGAGCUCUGUGGAAGAAGCAACAUUCAUUCACUGAAACUGGGUGUCUUCAUAAAUAUCUUAAAAAAACUUGUCACUCGGAAAACUGUUCUCUUGGAAUUAGAAAUCAAAUUUAUCAUAUUCUAGCCGGAAGUUUACUGUCCGUCUGGGACAAAGUGGAAAGGAUAUUACAGAUGACAAGAAGCGGCGUGCAUGAGCGUAUGCAGAUUGUCAGAGUGAGCACAGAGGAUGGUAGAAGAAUAGUUGGAGUUGUUAUUCCGAAGAAUUCCGUGCAGCUACUUGAGGAAGUUUUUUCAGGCAAAAAAGAUUUAUACAGUGGAUCUGCUCCCUCAAAUACUACAAAUACCUUCCAGCAGGUUAAUGCUGAAAAAUCAAACUUUAAAAGAAUGUUUGCCACUACAAAAGAUAUACGACCAAUUACUUCUCUUCAACAAGACAAAGAACAACCUGUUGAAAAGGAAAAAGCAACCACUCAAUCUGUUCCAGUUGCUGAAGAGAAAGUUGAGGCUGCUCCGGAACCAGAACGAACUGUUCUUCCUGACGAAGACGAAACGUUUCCAGAGGAAAGCUACGAAGAUAUGCCGACAUUUUGA